GAAAUACCAUGUGGGGUUAGUUUAACUUUUAGCCAUAUCCUUUUACUUUUUUACUCCGUAUCUGUCCACCACCCACUUUCUUCAAAAUCGGAGUUUUCUUCAAAAUCGAACUACUAACCUGUGAAUUCCCUAAGUUCCGUUCUCAUUUCUGCAGCCAAAGAAAAUUGGACUCCAUGUUCUUUGCUUCAAAAAUCCUAACAUGCGGCUUCCGUAUAGUUCUGUUGACAUCUCCUUUGGCAGCUGGUGCCUGGUAGAGAUGAAUUAAGAAACCUUCAUACGCUUAUAAGGUAUUUCAUAACUUUAGGAUGCUUUUUCUUUCACUCAUACUACGUAUUUCAUUUUGCAGUUGCCAUUAAAAGUUUAGACAUUUCGUAUCGUCCAUCUUUAUUCUUAAAAAUAUCUCUAAAGAUUUUAUCUGUCAAAAUUAGUUAUUUAAUGAAGUUUUUUUUUUCUUGAUAGAUUUUUUCUUGAUAGAUUAUACUGAGGUCUCAACGAAAAAAAUGAGACACCACUACUUUUCAAUAUUAUUUAUAGACCUGAAGUAUAUUUCAAUUUGUUUCAUACAGAUAUUUUAUGGUAAUUUGUUACUCAUUUUUUUAGAUUUGCAGUCUUCAUCAGUUAUCAUGAGUAUUCCAGACUUGAAUUUUGUUGUGAGUGAAGACACUCCUAUUGUUAAUGAAGAGUGUGGGGGUUUACAUAACCAUCUCUUGGAAGAAAACAAUAUUGAAAUAGAACCUGAAAUUGGUAUGGUUUUUGAUAGUGCAGAAAAUGCUUACACUUUUUAUAACUCUUAUGCAAGAAGGGUUGGUUUUAGUGUGAGGAUUUUCAGAACAAACAAAAACAAAGUUGAUAGUAAAGUAAUUCAACGUCAAGUUUUAGUGUGUUCAUGUGAGGGAUUUUACAAGAAAGUCAAAACACCUCAGAAGAAACGAGAUGAGACACGUUGUGAUUGCAAAGCAUCCUUUGCAUUUAAACGUGUUCCAAAUAACAAGUACCAAGUGAUUGGUUUUGAACCAGUGCAUUCUCAUGACCUUGCACCACUUGAGCAUGUUGGUUACUUGAGGUCUCAACGAAAAAUUGAAUUUACACAAGCUGAAUUGAUGACAACAAUGCAUGCAUCUGGGUUGAAGCAAGGGCAAAUUUUCUCCUAUAUGUGUGAAGAAGCGGCUGGAAUUCAGAAUCUUAAUUUUACAAAAUCAGAUUGUAAUAACUUUCUUCAAAGAAGACGUGCUGAAUUUUUCAAAAAAGGUGAUGCAGAAUGUCUUCUAGAGUACUUCAAGCAGAAAAAAGAGGAGAACAAACAUUUCUUCUAUUCCUUCAGAACAUAUGAAGAUGGUGAAAUAUGUGGAGUAUUUUUUUGUGAUGCAAAAUCUAGACGUGAUUAUGGGCUCUUUGGUGAUGCAAUCUGCUUUGACACGACAUUUCGAACAAAUAAAUAUGACAUGUUAUGCGCACCCAUUGUCGGCAUAAACCAUCACGGACAAACAUCAUUGUUUGGUUGUGGCCUACUAGAUGGGGAAACAUAUGAUGCAAUUACUUGGUUAUUUACUACCUUUUUUGAGGUUAUGGGAGGACAGAAACCAAGGAGCAUAUUCACGGAUCAGUCAGCUGCUAUAUCAUCUGUAGUUGAUGAGCUUUUGCCUCAAUCCCAUCAUGGAUUAUGCUUGUGGCAUUUAUGUCAAAAUGCGGCAAAACACUUGGGUUCUAAUGGAUACAAAACAUUUUCAUCACAAUUCAAAUCAUGUAUUUAUGAUCCAGAAACUGUUGAAGAAUUUGAGUCGAUGAACCUCAGUCAUGCUAUGGAGUCGGUAAACGAGUUAUAUAUUUUAACUGCUUAGUUUCACAUUUGAGUAUAUUAAUGUAUUUUGUUUUUAUUUCUUUUUGAGUAGAUAAAUGUUGGACAGGGCCCAAAUGAAAGUGGUAGCAAUAAAGGUUCAGAAAUGAUGGAACAGAAUGUUAUAUACCCAGAUGCAAUGAUUCCGGUUCAAAGUGAUUUUCGGCCGUGGUAUAUAAUCUUAGGUGGUAUAAGUUUACUUUUCAAGCCAUAGUUUUAAUAUGUAAUCAUACCUAUUUUGUUUUUCAGGUUUUAAAACAAUGUUGCUGUUUUGAGGGUGUUGCUGAUGUGCAGAGUAUAAUUGCACUAGUAAAAUUUUUGACUUGUAAAGUUCUAUAUGUAAUCAAUCCCAAGGGGAAAGUUAAUUUUUUGAACCCCUAUUUACCUUUAAAUGGGUGAUGUUUUGAUGUUUUGUUGGGGUUAAUUUGGCUGCAUUGCAGGUUUUGUUGAAGUUUUUGUUUUUGUUUGACUAGGUCUGAUGUAGUAAGGAUUUAGGCCUAUCCUGGAUGGGUUUUUUGUUCCUCAAUGCUGGUUUUGAGGGGGAAUGCCCCUGACUUUCUUGUAUUCUAGUCAAUUGUUUAUAUACUGCUUUGUAUUGUAAUCUGUCUGGAAAGAAUUUGCUUAGCUUGUCCCAUAUUAGAUGUAUGCUGUUCAUUACUUCAUUGGAGUAUUUGUGUAAUCUGUCUAGAAAGAAUUUGCUUAGUUUGUCCCAUAUUAGAUGUAUGCUGUUCAUUA